CUUUGCGCGACGACAACUACCGCCUUUACUACCUAAGAUAUCGUCGCGACGGCAACCUAGCCAUCAAUUCAAUAUCGAAUUUGAUCUUAGUAAUUGAGGGACACAAUUCUUAUUUUCUGUCUUCAAAUAACGACCUUUCAACUUCGCAGCCAUGGGAAAGAAGAAGCGCGGUCACCCCGAUGUCGAGGAGCUCCUCUCCCGAGCUUGGUGUUAUUAUUGCGAAAGAGAUUUUGAAGAUCUCAAAUUGUUGAUAUCUCACCAAAAAGCCAAACAUUUCAAGUGUGACCGAUGUGGUCGACGAUUGAAUACAGCUGGAGGUCUUUCGGUUCAUAUGAAUCAGGUGCACAAAGAAACGCUAUCGUCAGUCGAGAACGCAUUACCGAAUCGGCAAGGUCUCGAUGUCGAAAUCUUCGGUAUGGAGGGUAUCCCGGAAGACAUUGUCCAACAACACAACCAGCGAAUUAUUCAGAAUUUCUACCAGGCCCAAGCCGACCGAUACGCCGCUACGGGAAAUCCUCCACCUGGUCAGAACGGGAACGGCCCGGCUAAGAAACUUAAGAUUGAAACUCCAGACGAGAUCAAGAAGCGGCUAGCAGAGCACCGUGCGAGACUUGCCGCUCAGAAAACGGCUAUUGGUGGUGGCAGUGCAGGUCAUACUCCUCGGGAGAGCAGGCCUGACGGUCAAAGUCCUGCGCAGAGCGCGUCCCCAGGCGCAUUUAACUCACCCUUCCCUCCUCCUGGUGGUCAAUACCCAGCAUUUCCCGCACAGCCCGUUCCUGGUUACUCACCCCCUCCGCAAUAUCCCGGCGCAUAUCCUCCACCGAACCUACCGUCGCGGCCCGGUAGUAACCUUCCCGCGCCUCAUGGAUUACCCGCUCGUCCUGGACAGCCCGGCUGGCAAGGAAGUGCUUCCACUAUUGAUGAACUGGUGUCGGGUGCUGCGCAGGAAGGCGAUGAGAUCGACCAGCUGAUCAGGAUGGCCGAAGCUAGAAUCAAGCCUCCGAAGAAACCCGAGACCCCAACAACUGCGGAGCCAGCCGAGGGAGGAGAGAAGAAGUCUAAGAAGGAUAAGGACAAGAAUGUCAAGAUGAUAUAUGACGAUGACCUUAGUCCGGAGGAGCGGAUGGCACAGAUGCCGAGAUACGCAUUCGCUGUCGAAGCUGGAGCUUAGGAUAGUAGGGGAGAGGGGACUUGUAUGAUACGAAACGGCAUGCCUUACGGAUGGUAUCUACGCGCCAAGGUUUAUGAAGCUAAUGGCGCAGAAUAGGCCGCUUGGCCGAGACUGUAGAGUAGGUUUACUAGGUACUAGGAAAAUUGCAGAAAUAUGAAAUAUCCAAA